UUGGAGCGGGGAGGACCGCACCGCCGCGCUAGGUUUCGGCCAGGGCUGCGGUGAGCCGGGCUCAGGCGCUCGUCUGGGCACCCCGGCUCCGGGAAGCGCCGUCGCGCUCCGGAGGAGCCCUGGACAGCCGCUCUCCGCCGUGGCCGGGUGCUGGGGCCGCGCGCUGGAGCGAGAGGGAGAGAGUUGGGCCGUCUUGCAGCGCCUGGGCACGGCGGCGGCCCCGGGAGCAGAGGUGGAGCAGCCCCUUGACGCUAACGAUGAAAGGCUGGGGUUGGCUGGUCCUGCUUCUUGGGGCCCUGCUGGGAACUGCCUGGGCUCGGAGGAGCCAGGAUCUACACUGUGGAGCUUGUCGGGCUCUAGUGGAUGAACUGGAGUGGGAAAUUGCCCAGGUGGAUCCCAAGAAGACCAUUCAGAUGGGAUCUUUCCGAAUCAAUCCAGAUGGCAGCCAGUCAGUGGUGGAGGUGCCUUACGCCCGCUCAGAGGCCCACCUCACAGAGCUCCUAGAGGAGAUAUGCGACCGGAUGAAGGAAUAUGGGGAACAGAUUGACCUGUCCACCCACCGUAAAAACUACGUACGUGUAGUUGGCCGCAAUGGAGACACCACUGAACGGGACCUACAGGGCAUUCGAAUUGAUUCUGACAUCAGCGGCACCCUCAAGUUUGCGUGUGAGAGCAUUGUGGAGGAAUAUGAAGAUGAACUCAUUGAGUUCUUUUCCCGAGAGUCUGACAAUGUUAAAGACAAAUUGUGUAGUAAGCGAACAGAUCUAUGUGACCAUGCCCUGCACGUAUCACAUGAUGAACUCUGACCACUGCAGCGGCCCAGACUGACAGUUGAUGGAUCACUCCCGGAGAGGAAGAGGAUGGCAAUGCCUUUUAUAUUAUGUUUUUACUAAAAUGAACUGGAAAAAAAAAAGAAAGAAACAAAAGUACAAA